AAUAUUGAACCGUCAACUAAGUACAAACUUUAUCUUUUGCUCAUCUACCUCGAGCUCUAUGAGCCUUUAUAGGCCUCUAUCUGUUGAAACGUUCAGUGAAAAUGGUCAACAAUGUACCAAGUGUGUCAUUUCGCUUGGAGUCUGAAUGGAUGGUCCUCUAAUUUCUAACCUUCGACAAUGCAUAUGCCUUUAUCGCUCGAUGGCCCAUCAAUAUCUUGCUGAUGGUGCUCUCGUUACUUCUAUCGACAAUCGUGCGACGCCGCCUGCCAUGUCAUUAUGUGUACGAUGGUGCUUCUGCCAUACUGUACAUAGGACUUGUCAGUCUGAGUGUUCUCUGGAUCAAUCAAACUCUACCUUGACUUCAACUCUGCCAUGGAUGUAGCUGAUCAUACUCAGAAGUACCAAUUCUCAGCAUAUAAUACAGUUUCAGAGAGGGAGAUCUGCUUGAGUCUUCGUUUCUCCUCGUACUUUCGGCACUCUCUCUCAGCUGAAGAUGCUUCCUUCCAUCUUCCACGUACUCCCGGCAGAGCUUAUCAAACAGAUUCCCUUUUAUCUCUCUGUACCUGAACUUGCUCGGCUGCUGCAUGUCUCGAAGAGGUUCCAUGCGUUCGCAUUCAAGGCGACCGUCGAAUAUUUCAAACGGUGGGGAAUUGCUCCACCAUCCAAACGCGACUUUGAUACAUCCUGCUAUGUCUUUGCGUUCGAUUUGUUGCUCGUACUACCGCCAGACAUGAAUCUCUUUCACCUUGGUUCUUUCGGCGGGUUUAACCCUCAGCUCUGUGAUUACUUCAUGGAUCAGUACACCAACACUAUCAUAGAUACCGAGCAUUGCGAGAACUACGAUAUCAUGCGCCAUGUAAGACCGGCCAACAUGCCUCUUCCAACCAAGUCGUUCGCUUUCAUCCUUGUGGAUGCGUCGCCAGAGAGUCAGGAAGAGAGGGAACUCGGGUUCCCCAGUAUUCCUGUGACCAUGUUCAUGAUGUUUGGCUUCAGGGUGGAGUUGUUCGUAGAAGAAUUACGAUCCAAAGAGGACCGUACCAGAUACACCUUGGGGGAAAUCGACAUGUUCCCUCCUGUGAAGUGGAAGAAGAAGGUAGUAGAUCAUGGCACCGAGAUCAAACCGGUCAAGUUCUUCGCGGAGCAGGAAUUCCGCCCAUUGAACAAGAAAGGGAAACCCGUUGGAGCUAAGAACAUGAGGUUCAAGAUCGAAGCAAACUUCUGGAAGGAAGGUGAACAGGUAUUCUACCAUCUCUUCCACACGGUGCUGGAUUGGCGUUUCUCUAUGCCAUUUGCAAUCGUGUAGCCAUGUCUCCUGACUGUUCGUAAUGAUUUAUUAAUUGUACGCUGCGUAUUUAGAGGGAGGUGGCUUAAACGUACUGUAAAUGAUAUUUUAUGGCAGCACAGGCACGCCACUGAGUGGCAUUUGACACAACCAACACGCAUUUGAAGUACACGUGGAGACGGUGAUGAUAUUGCACGGAAGUAAAGAGAGGCGCCAUAUGCAACAAGGAACGGAUGAUUAAACAAAUCCACAUCGACCCU